AUGGCUAGCACAAGAAAGUUAACGGCAACUUCCUCAACCUGCGAGGAGCAGGGAGCAAAAAUACUUGAAACGGAACGUCUUAUCCUCCGUCGAUUCUAUCCUUCCGACGCAGAAGUCAUGGCUAAAGCCGCUGACAAUAAGUCUGUCUCUAUGAACAUGCGCGAUGGUUUCCCCUCCCCUUACACACUGGCCGAUGCAGAGUACUUUAUCAACAACGUGGCCAACAACUUUGACGGCGCUGGUCAACACUGCGGUAUCUUUGUCAAGGCCAACACAACAGAGAACCCUUCAUCGGAACCAGUUUUCGCAGGCGCCAUAGGCAUGAUGGCUAAGAACGACGUAUAUUUCCGCACAUGGGAGUUGGGCUACUGGUUAGCUGAGACAGCUUGGGGCAAAGGCUAUGCAACUGAAGCUGUCAAGGCGCUCAUACGAUGGUGUUUCGAAACAUGGCCUGAAUUGAACAGGAUUGAAGCGUGCGCGAAUGGGCACAACAAAGCAAGCCAGAAUGUGCUGAGGAAAUCUGGGCUCAUUGAAGAGGGCACCAGGAGAGGCGCUGUUUGCAAGAAUGGAGAAAUAUUAGACGAAGUUUUAUUUGGUCUGUUGAGAAGUGAACUACAGAUGAAUGGGGAGUAA